AUGCGGCUGCUGCACAUCAAGAGCGACGGGCAUCUCGAAUUCACCAAAGAUAUCAUCCGUGUCGAAGAGAUACCUCCCUAUGCGAUCCUUUCGCAUACUUGGAAGGAGCCAGAGGUUGUCUUCAAUGAUCUCAAGAGCUGUGACAUCAUGGGGGUUGUUGAUCCCGAGAAAAGAGAUGCAUGGAACAAGAUCCAGUUCUGUGCACAACGAGCAAAGCGGGAUGGUCUAGAGCAUUUCUGGGUGGACACUUGCUGCAUCGAUAGGGCAAACCAUACAGAGCUUUCGGAGGCGAUUAACUCUAUGUUCCGCUGGUACCAGAACUCGAGCAGGUGCUAUGUUUUCCUUCCAGACGUCGAUGGCAAGACUUCAAUGGAGGAAGGCAAAGCGUCCUCGGCAUGGAAGGCAGCCUUCAGAGCGAGCAGAUGGUUCACUCGAGGCUGGACGCUCCAAGAGCUUCUAGCUCCGCGCUCCGUCGAAUUCUUUUCUAGGGAUAGAACACGGUUGGGAGACAAACAGUCGCUGAAACAGACUAUACAUGAGGUCACCAAGAUACCUCUCGAAGCCUUGUCGGGGAGCGACAUGUCAAAGUUUGGAGUUGAAGAGCGUUUCUCUUGGGCAAAAGAUCGCGAGACGACACGCGAAGAGGACGGAGCAUACUGUCUGCUAGGCAUCCUCGGUUGUUAUCUACCACUGAUCUACGGCGAAGGCAAAGAGAUGGCGUUGAAGCGACUCAGGAAAGAGGUCCAGGAAGGAGAGAGGCUUGUCAAGAUACGUAACUGGCUCUCGGCGCCCGAUCCAUCCAUCAACUAUCAAAAGGCGCACAACCAGCGGCAGCCUGGGACUGGGCAAUGGCUACUACAAGAGCAUGAAAGUUUCAGGAAUUGGAAGGACGACGCAGCGUCGCGGCUAUGGCUCUAUGGGAUACCAGGAUGUGGAAAGACCAUCUUGAGCUCUACUGUUGUCGAGCAUCUGCAGCACCACUGCGGUAACGACAAACGUAAGGUGACGGUGUACUUCUACUUUGACUUCAACGAUGCACAGAAGCAGAUUCCAGAGCUGAUGCUCCGCUCGCUGCUACGCCAGCUCUUGCAGCAUACGAUAACGAUACCCGACGCCGUCGACGCGUUAUUCUCGUCCUGCGGAGACGGACAGCAACAACCACCGCUGCAUAAACUUCUAACUGUGGCACCGCAGGUGAUCGGACAAUUCACGCAUGUCUACAUAGUCCUUGAUGCGCUAGAUGAAUGUGCACAACGCCCGGAGCUGAUGGACUUACUUAUCGCAGUAGCCGGGUUGCGGCUUGACAGCGUGCAUCUGCUCAUGACAAGCCGGAAAGAGCGGGACAUCGAAACGUCAUUGGAGACGUUCGUGGUGGAAGACAACAUGAUUAGUCUUCAAAGAGACGUAGUGGAUGAAGACAUAUUACGAUUCGUUCAACAAAAGCUACGCGACGAUAGGCAGCUGGAAAAGUGGAACAGGGACGAUGAAGUCCGGCAAGAGAUCGAGACAGCACUCAUGCGCGGGGCUCAAGGGAUGUUCCGAUGGGUCACAUGUCAGCUUGACAUGAUAGCAGAAUGUCGCAAUCUAGUGAUGUUACGGAGAUCGCUUGCGACCCUGCCGAAAACGCUAGACCAGACAUACGACCGAAUUCUCACAGCCAUCAGCGAAGAGGACCGCGUCUACACAAUACGGAUUCUCCAAUGGCUCACGUUUUCCGCCAGACCGCUUUCUCUUGAAGAAGUUGCCGAAGUUGCUGCCAUCGAUGUUGCGCGCGAGCCAGCGUUCAAUCGCGAUGAAGUGUUAGUGGAUCCUCUGGAAGCGUUGAAAAUUUGCUCCAGUCUAGUCACUAUUGUAAGAGAAGAGCGAAGGUGGCACCCGCAGCAAGGGGAGCAGAUCGUCAUGCUUGCACACUACUCGGUCCAAGAGUACCUCAUCUCAGAACGAAUAAGGCAAGGUCCGGCAAAGCAGUACAGCAUGAAAGAGAUCGAAUGUCACAAAGCAAUGACGAUAGGCUGUCUGUGGUAUCUAAACCAGUUCCAGGAACCAUUGACUUAUGAGAUCUACUACGCUUCAGCGCUCGCAGACUACUCCGCACAAUUCUGGAGCCAUCAUGUUCAGAAGACAGGAGACGGGGAGGAAGAAAUGAGUCGGCUGGCGAUGAAGAUCUUGUUUACGAACGAUCCCGCAUUUACCAACUCGAUCCGAAUUUUCCAACCGGAUACGAAAGAAACGUACGACGAACGAUCGGACGAUUAUCCAAUAGUAACACCCCUUUACUUUGCAUCAUGGUUGGGCCUAAAAACGAUUACGAAACUGCUCCUGGACCAAAACGUCGAUGUCAACGCGAAAGGUGGACUCUACGGUAGCGCGCUACGGGCGGCCAUAAGCGAAGGCCACUUGGCAGUAGCUGAACUACUAGUCAAUGCGAAGGCCGACGUCGACGCUGAGGAUGGAGCUGGGGAAACUGCAUUAUAUGAAGCUAUAUGCAACGACGACGAGGCGAUGGCCAAGCUCCUGAUCGAUGCAGGCGCCGACGUCAACAAGCUAGUGGUAGGCCGCUAUGCAAUACAGGAUGCUUCAGAAAUGGGCAACGAGGUUCUGGUCACGAUGCUCAUAGAUGCAAAAGCGAAUGUCAGCGUUCGGGAUCAAGAAGGCGACGAUGCACUCACAAUAGCAUUACAUGGACAUCACAAAGCAGUAGUCAAGCUACUGGUUGAUGCUAGCGCCAACGCCAAUACGCGAGACAGAAAUGGUCGCAGUGCACUACAAAUCGCUUCAAGCAACGGCGACGAGGAGGUGGUCAGGCUGUUGAUAAAGGUGGGCGCAGAUGUGAACGCUCCUGGUAGCAAAUACUCCGGUCAUGCACUACUAGCUGCUGCAGAAGGUGGCCAUACAGCACUUGUUGAGCUGCUACUCGACGCAGGCGCCGAUAUUGAUGCCCAGCAUGCAGAGUGGGGUACGUUCCAUUGGACGCUAUCGACGUUGAAAACAUGA